GAGAGAGAAGUUGGCCGGUGAAACAGUCAAAAAGACAGAUGAGUUGGUCUCUCACCAAACUCCUCUACCGAUUAUAUGUCUCGCUCUAAUAAAUCCAUGUGAAACUUAAGUUUUCCUUUUGUGUGUGUGUCGUUGUGGUGACCACAAUCAAUCAAUCAAUCAAAAUCUUAUUUCUUCUUCCCUUUCUCAUCUCUUUUGUCUUUUUUUCCUUUAGAAUUUCUUUUGUCUCUCUCUCUCCACCACAUAAACAUAAUUUUCGGAGUCAUCAUCAAAACGAAAACCCUAGCACUUGUCCUCAACUCCACUGAUUGAACUCCAUGGCGUCAGGCGGCGGAGAGGCGGCAAGAUCGGUGGAAAUAGGAUCGGAUCCCAAACUAGGGGGAGUCGGGAGCAGGAGCGCUGGAGGAGGUCAAUACUUCAGGGCGGAUACUCUUGAUUUCAGUAAAUGGGAUUUGCACAUGGGCCAUACCUCCUCCUCCUCCUCUACUACCGCCAAGUCCUCCACAUCCACAAAAGCUCCGAUGCACGAAUGGGAGAUCGACCUCUCCAAACUCGACAUGAAGCACGUUCUCGCCCACGGCACGUAUGGCACUGUCUACCGCGGUGUCUACGCUGGCCAACAAGUCGCUGUGAAGGUGUUGGAUUGGGGAGAAGAUGGUCAAUCAACAGCUGCUGAAACUACAGCUCUGCGCUCUUCUUUCGAGCAAGAGGUCGCCGUCUGGCAGAAGCUCGAUCACCCCAACGUUACCAAGUUUAUAGGAGCAUCCAUGGGGACCUCUGAUCUGAAGAUCCCUCCCGCUAAUGAUUCUGGGGGACGUGGUGGCAGCGGAGCACAUCCUGCCAGGGCCUGUUGUGUUGUGGUUGAAUAUGUUGCUGGAGGCACACUCAAGAAGUUCCUCAUCAAGAAAUAUAGGAGCAAACUCCCCAUCAAGGAUGUCAUUCAGCUCGCUUUGGAUCUCGCUAGAGGGCUGAGUUACCUCCACUCCAAGGCGAUUGUGCAUCGGGACGUGAAGACAGAGAACAUGUUGCUAGAAACUAACAAGACGCUCAAGAUUGCUGAUUUCGGAGUUGCUAGAGUCGAGGCUCAGAACCCUCAAGACAUGACGGGUGAAACUGGAACUCUCGGCUACAUGGCUCCAGAGGUUCUUGAAGGAAAGCCUUACAACAGGAAAUGCGAUGUGUAUAGCUUUGGUGUAUGUCUCUGGGAAAUAUACUGCUGCGACAUGCCCUACGCUGACUGUAGUUUUGCUGAGAUCUCUCAUGCCGUUGUUCAUAAGAAUCUGAGACCAGAGAUUCCGAAAUGCUGCCCACAGUCAGUGGCAAACAUAAUGAAGAGAUGCUGGGACCCGAAUCCAGACAAGCGUCCGGAGAUGGAGGAGGUUGUGAAGCUACUUGAAGCGGUAAACACAAGCAAAGGCGGUGGAAUGAUACCACCAGACAAGUUUCAGGGGUUCCUCUGUUUCUGCAGACCUCGUGGCCCCUGAUCUUUCUCUCUCAUAUUCUGCGUGAUGAUUCUUGGAUUUUCUUUUUUCUUUUGGAGACUUUCGAGUUAGAUUUGGCAUUAAAAAAAACUCUCAUUCUGUUCUAUAUACAUGUAUUUAUACUACACCCAGUCUGGUCGUGUAUAAAAUUGAUGAUAAACC